CUGCAGAUAGUAAAUACCAUGUAUCAGGGACAGACUGACUGCAGAUACCAUGUAUCAGGACAUCACAUGCAGAGAUUCCCUCCCAUCCUCCCUCACUGGGUCUCCCCAGCCCCAGCCUCUCCCAUUGGAUGCUGAUAAUAAUUGUCUUUUGGUUGCUGCCCCUUCCUGUCCACAUGUGAUAACCCAGACCUUCCCUGAUCAGCUCCCAGCACAGACCCCAAGCCAUGAGCUCCCCCCAGGUCAGGACCCCCACUCUGCAGAGUAAUAAGAUGAAGAAGGAUGAGUCUUUCCUGGUGAAACUGGGGGGCACCUUGGUCAGGAAGAAGAAAGCUAAAGAAGGUGAGUGUCUGGGACCCCUGUUUAAGUAGAAUCCAGGAGGCUCUUCCUGCUGGUACACAUGAUGCUGUCUGAGGAUGAUGGGAGUCAGAGCAGUCUGUUUAGAUAGGCUGCUGUUCUGUUUGUACUGGGACCCCCAGUGAAUGUCUCAUGCUGAGACCACCCAAAGGAGAGUGAGGGGUUAUCACAGGCUCUCUGUUGUUAAUAGGUGAAGGAGAUCUGGUAACAAUCGUGUCUUGCUUCACCAUAGAUACAUAUUCCUACUACCUCCAUAUGCUGAUGGGUAGCACAUGAAAAGUGGUGUCUUGUGGUAUAUAGAAGUCGUAUGCUGCAGGAGGCAAACCUAGUGAUAGGAAUUUCAUAGAAACUGCUCUGAUUAGUUAAUUGAUGUCUAUGAUGAAGCAAGAUACAGGGCAACACUUUUCAUGAGCUGCCCAUCUGAUGGGUGUGCAUGUACUUACCACAAGCAUUGUCACUGACAGUUGGAUCACUGCUCCCAUCAUGCUAGCACAGCUCUUUGCUGAGGGUAAUAGAAAUCAUAGUCCCAAAAAAUCAGCAGGUAUUGAGUGUUUAAACCUGAGCCAGGGCUGACAAUUUAACCCUCUGUAUGGAGAGAGUUCCCUUGCCUACCAUUUCACUUAUAUAAUAAAAUGUCAAAUAUACUAAAGGAACUUAUAAAGUGUUACUUCGUUCCUGAUUCACUGCCUUAAACUAAACAUUAAAGCUCCAACAUUAAGUUCAUUAAAAAGUGAUGUUUGUGCAUUGGUCUAACAGCUGGUUAAAGGGUUAAAGGGACAGUCAUGGGAUUGGGAGCUGCAGGCUGGAGGAUGCUGUCAGUCAUGUGACCCUCAGCCCCCUGUUUGGUAUGUGUCUUCAUUAUCAGCCAACAAAAGGGAGAGACAUUCCUGACAUUUUGUUGUUUAAUGUGAAUUGCAAGGUCAGAGCUGGCUCCCCUUGAUCUGUGUAUCCUGCUGUGUAAUGGCAGACCCCCUGGACACACACAGGAAUCAACACUGAGGAGUUUAUCCCAGAGUACUCUAUAGUUCCCACUGCCUAGAGUGUAAGCUCUUGGGAAUGGUCGAUAAUAAUCUGAUUCUCCAUUAAUGGCGCAUCCUCGUGUUACCUAAUAACUCUGCCUACUGUAAAAGUAUAAUUUACUCUUAAGGCACCAACACAUACCGAAGCAAUGUUCAUUUAGUAGAAUCCAAACAUAUUUGAACAGACCAACUGUUUGGAAUUAUGCUGUGCAGAAGAGCUUACAAUCUAAUCUCUUGGUUCAGUAGGACCUCUAUAGGUCAGGAUUCUAUUCCUCUGAUCUCUGCGGCUUCCUUUGAUCUGACUUUUCCUGUCUCGGUGUGUCGUUUUCCUCCUAGUUCAGAAGAUUUAACAGGAAAGCUGUUUGUAUAUUUUUUGUCUUUGUUUCGACGCUUUGGUUAAAUAAGGAAAAUGUAUUUACUCUCCCUUAAAUCUUCACAGGAAAUGGAAACGAAAAUAGCUGAAUAACAGCAGAAUUCCGCAGCCAAGGUGAAAUAGUUAGGAGCCGUUCUGUGUAGGAAAGAAUCACGUAUCGAAAUUCCACAUAUAAAUCCCCAGCCGCUAUAUAUUUAUAGGCCUGACGCCCUAGUGUCCCGUACAAUGCGUAGUAUCUCCGACAGAGGAUAGCAGGAGAUGCAGUCUCUCACCUUGCAUCACUACAUGAACAAAUAUCCAUAAAUUCAAAACCAAAAAACGUUACCUGCGCACUAUCCCAAAUCCCUGUGCAUGUAUAAAUAAUAUUCUGUUUAAAUAUCCAGUCACCAGAUUAUUAAACCCCAGUUUAAGGGACCUGCUAAACUUCGCCAGAUCUUAUGCAAAUAGAGCCGCUUUGAUGGCUGUGUCUGUUUCAGAAGGUAUGAGUGUCAAACACUUUCCUUGAUUUUAUUUUUCUGAAAAUGUAAUAUUGUGGAGGGUUAUACAGUAACAGGUGCACUUAGUUGCAAUUUAAAGUGGCACUAUUAAGCUGACCGACACCCCAAAUCCCCCCACUCCAAAAAAAUAAAUUCUUUAUGAAAUACUCACCUUGGCUGUUUUAAAAUUUCACUUAAAUGCCAACACAGUCAAAAGACCUACUAAAACAACUGUGACAAACUAAUAUAAUCAGUGAAAAAGGUGCUAAAAAUACAUUUUAAACUACAAUUGUUUAUAACAAAAAUAAAUCUGCUUUUCAAGUGCCAAAACUCCAGAAUUAUAAACGAUAUAAGAAAAAUUUAUUAAAAAAAGACCACUUUUUUCCCUUUUUAUAAUUUUUUUUUUUAAAUUUUUUACAAAUUGAUGUACUAAGACAAAGUAGGGACUGCUUUGUCUCAUGUAAUCUCCCUCCACUUGACAAAAGACAGAGUAAUCGCCGUCAGGUUUUGUCAUUUCCCGCAUCAGUCGCUAAUGGCGGUUUCAGGGGAAAAUGCAUUUUCUUGCUGAUCACAAGACAAUAUCAAUGAAGGGUCCUGGGGUUUUGUGGGAUCCUCCAUAGACAUCAGAGUUGUACUCUUGCGCAUGUGCUCUGCAAAUUGAACUUUAAUCACACACAGGAGGCUGCUGCAGGAUCUAAAAGGCUAUUCGCAAAACAAAAGAUAAGAAAUAUUAAACAGAAUGUGCAAUAAAGGAAGUAUACAUAUUAGAUCUUUAUCUACAGGAAGUGUUAAGGAGGGCUGCGCAAGUCACAUGCAGGGAGGUGUGGCUAGGGCUGCAUAAAGAGAAACAAAGUAAUUUAACUCCCAGAGAAAGAGCAGUGAGACUACAGGGGCAUGAUCUACACCCCAAAACUGCUUAAUUAAAGGGACACUAUAGUCACCCAGAUGACUUCAUCUAACAGAUUUCUGUUUCUAACACUAUAGAAUCCAGGGCCGGCCUUAGGGGUGUGCGAGCUGUGCGGCCGCACAGGGCGCCUGGGGCGCCAUGUGGCCGACACAGCUCGCACAAUGCCGGCUACCCGGGUGGAGGAUUACAUUAUUAUGUGCAACUGUCUGCCUGUGUGUGUGUGGCUGUCUGCCUCUUUGUGUGUGUGACUGUCUGACUGUGUGUGUGAGUACCUGUGUGUGUGUGUGUGUGUGUGUGUGGCUGUGUGUGACUUUCUGGCUUUGUGUGUGUGUGUGUGUGGCUGUCUGCCUCUGCAUGUGUGACUGUGUGUGUGAGAGACUGUCUGCCUUUGUGUAUGUGACUGUCUGCAUGUAACUGUGUGUGUGUGUGGCUGUAUGUAUGUGACUGUCUGUACCUGUGUGUUUGUCAUUGUCUGCCUGUAACUGUUUGUGUGUGUGUGUGUGUGUUACUGUCUGAUUUUAAUUGUGUGUGUGUGACUGUAUGUAUGUAACUGUGUGAGUGUGUUCAUCUGUGUGUAACUGCCUGAUCCUGUGUAUUUGACAGUGUGUAUGUAUAACUGUGUGCAUGUGCCUCUGCAGUCUGACACAUCUGGCAUGUACUUCUGUUGGCUGGAGACCAUAAGUAGCUGUCUUCCUAGUUCCGGACAAUCGGAGCACUGCCGGAGAUUACCACAGGACACUGCAAGUCCCUAAGCUUGCGAGACAGUUGCGCAUGGUCUGCACCCAGUGGAGGGGCAUACCAGAUUCAGAUCAGCAUGCCCCUCUCCCAACUAGGGAAUUAAUAUUUGUUUUUAAAUCAUUAUUUAUUUAAUACACUAUAAAAAGAAUGGCGGGGCGGGAGGGUAUGCUGUGAAGAUUUUUUUUUUGCACAGGGCGCCUAAGGUCGGUUGUGUCUAUAGUGUCCCUUUAAUCCAUUCCUUACUGCUUGCAUUGUAUCAUUUAGGUGAGUAUUUGUUUUGCCUGAUUUUUAUUUGAAGAUAUUUUACUCUGAACUAUCUGACACAGUAUUGGCUUUUAUUUGAAACUCUUUCUUUCCUUUGCUCUCCGCAGCACGGGCGAUAUUGUUAAUGUGCUGGUCCUUGUGACAAGUGGAAAAAGUGACACAUUGUGUUGGCAGUAGGAAGAGAUAGUGGUAUCUCCUGCUGCGUGACCAUAGGAGGUCUAUAACUGGAGUUUGUCAGGAGAGAAAAACUGCCUUUCUAUAUCGUCCACUAAAGACAACCCCCUCCCCCGCCCCCGUCCCUCCGAGGCUUUCUGCUUGUGGUUUUCCAAACGUAUACCUUAUUCACCCUUACUUAUAAUUUACUUUAAUUUCCUGUACCUUUUUAAUAUUGUCUACCAUGAAAGUAAUGCAAAUGUCUGCCAUGUGUGACAGAAUGGUGCCAAAUGUUUAUUCGCUCCAAAUAGUUCUUUUCUGCACCACUUCCAAUACUUAUUUUAAUUUUUUUCUGAUUCACCAUCAAUACGGAGCUCCUAGAGAAGAGGGACAUUAAGAUUAGAAACGGGGAACAGAGGAAUAAAUGAUUUGAGCAAUCUCAAAUUGUCUGCUCUGCUCUGCUCUAAACAUUUACAGGAUUAUUCACUGAAGCGAGAAUUUUCCAUUAUUCGCUAAGUUGGCUAUGAUUCUGGUUCAGCUACGUUUUGGUGUUUAUUUUGAAAUUCACUUUGAAUCUGCGGCAAUGCUUGUGUUGGUGUGCUUUGUCAUUUAGGCGACAUGUUGCCGAACUGAUCUCAUUUAAAAAAAAAAAAAAUCACUUUAUUGAAUGCUGCUUCUCAUUUUCCUUGACUUUCCAAAACUUAGACCAUGAAAAUAAUCGCACUGCUUUGUGUAAAUGGUGAAUAAAAAUACGCAGAUUUAAGGGCCAAAUAGACAACCGAUUAGACUUGGAGAAUUGUUGGCAUUUGGCUAUAUUGGCCUCAAUUCUAGAAUUUACUCAGAAAUCCUGACUUUAGUGAAAAACCUUACGUGUUUUUUUUUUGUUUUUUUUGUUCUGCAAGUGAUCUUUACUUGCCGUAUCAAUUCCCCCUUGUCGUUACGGGUUUCGAUGGUUGAGUUGCUAAUCAGAAACAUUACACCAUUUUAUUAUGAUAUAUUUUUCACGCCGGUUAGUACAUACCAUCAUUCUCCAUAUUACACACUGUAUUUUGCGACAUUAUUUUUACAUUACGCUGCAAUCCUUCCGAUAGGAUAAUCUGAUGUCUGUGAAUCAAACAUUCUCUGUAUCCGACGUGUCUAAUCCUGUGUUUGUGAUUUGCACUGUCAGCCAGCGGGGGUUUAGAGUUCCUUCUUAGUGGUGAGGGGGGGAGUAUUCGUUUUCACAGAGGAAUUUGGUGCCUGGAGCUCGGGAGGUGGAGGCCAGCCUGUAAAUUGCUGGUUUUAAACCAAUCUGUGCGAAGUGAGUGCAGGAACUGUGAAUUAUAAGAAAAAGGAACAUCUUCGCAGACAUUAACUGCACCCAGCACGGGCUGUGAGAUUUUAUUUAGCUUUAACAUCAGAACGACAUUAACACUACAAAACACCUAACCUUAAUGUGCUCAUAGUGCGUGUUUUUUUUUAUUGUUUAAUUAUCUUAACUUCCAUCCAGUUAUCAACAGCAAACUACUUUCAUUCAGAUAAAGUUCCCCUCUCGAAAAGCUAGCAGGUGACAUUUGUACCCACUCAGGGGAUCCUUUGUGCCUGGUAAGAUCCCUACACUGUCAGGUUAACGCUUUGUGUGCAGACAGUCAUGUUGGACCGCGCUGUGUGUUCCGGGCAUCGGACAGACCCCACGGCGGAUUUCACAUUGUGUUUUCUAUGCCCGCACACGUGUAUUCCUGUUAAGGGAUUCCCAGGUGGCCAUUGAGCCUUGAAAAGGGAGCCUUGGUGACCCAGGACGUCUUUAAAUUAAAGGAUUACUGCACGUACCAUGUCAACAUCAGUGGUUGGAAGUGGUUAUGGUCCCUUAAGUGGAAGUGGUUAUGGUCCCAUACUAUGCUGCACAUACUGAGAUUAACCCUUUGUCUGCUGGAGGUGUAACUCCACUUCCGGCAGCGUCAUCAGCCAGCCUGGAGCUAGCAUUCUGGGCGGGUUAAUGCCAAUUCUGUACAAAUCAACACAACGUACACGAGGGAGUGAUAGAUGUUAAACCACUCAACACUCCUGUGGGAACAUCCCCUUAACCCACCCUAAUAACAAUACCAAAAAACACGAGAAAUGGGUGGAGCUGUGUGUACUUUCCUCUGACUCCGAGAUGUCACAGUAUCUGUAAUCAUAAAACAGAGGAAAAUAAUAGCGCAGCAAAGUCUAAUUGAAUAAUAAAGAAAUCAAAAACAAUGGGAACACUCACAAAUAUAGAGCCAUAACUACACUUGGCUCUAGUGUGUAGUGCUCCAGGAUCCUACGGGGGAUCCAAAAACCCACCUCUGUGCUGGAAUCACACUGUGGUACACUAUGGUGAGGUAUUGUUGUUUUUUUAUGGGGGUUCAGAUGUCUCCGUAAAUAAAGGGUUCCCGAAUUUACAAAAUUUCUGAAAUACAGCUAUGCAGUAUAAAAUUAAUAAGAUUAAAAGAAAAAGCACAUCUAAAUAUAGCAAAUACUAACUAAAACGCGUUUCGACGAUUCAUUGCUUCAUCAGUUGGUCUGAUAUGGUUCUAAAGUGUCUUUUUAAACCCUUUCAAUUAGGGCCUUAACUGAGUGUCAAGUCGCUUCUUCGUGGCACGUAUGCCAAUUCUGUGCUGCUAUUAUUAUUAUUAUUAUAUUUUAUUUUUGCACAGGGGCCAUUUGUUGGCUGAAAGCAGUCAGCUGAUGCUCUCAGCAAAUGAAUGCUGACCAGAUUGGCUUCUCCACCUCUGCAGAAACACCUCACCAAACCAGCGGAGAGCCAGGUAUGGGGUAAGCUGUUAAUAAAUGCUUUGCCCCAUUCUUGAGGAACCAGGCCAAGGUACUCCUGGGAUCAUAACCACUACAGCAGGCUAGCGUGUGUCAUCUACAUCACAAGAAGAGAGGGUAGCUUCUGAUAUGGAAAUUUUAUGAUGGAUAAAUCAUCCGAGAGAGAGAGAACCAGGUGCUCCUAAUUAGAUAUACGAGCGCUCGGGAAAACCGAUAGUAAAACCUUUCUAAAUUGUAUAGAACCGAAUGUAGGCGAUGAUGGAAGUCCAGCGGUGUUCGGGAGUUUCUGUAUCCGAUUUCAGUUCGAUGAGAUUCAUGCCCAAACACCGCUGCCUGUGUUCAUACGAACAAGAUGGCUGCCACCUUGUGGUUGUCCAUAGGAAUUGCGGCCACCCAGACGAACAAUAAGAACACUGCAGUGAAAACCGUUCCAAGGUGUUAAUGGGUGUUAACAAGCUCCAGGUAAUCCUUUAAUUUAAAGACGUUCUGGGUCACCAAGGUGCAUCUGUUCAGUUACCCAACAGGAUAGCAAAUAGGCAUGAACACGGUCUUUUAUGAGCCUUUUUGCAUGGCCCAUAGUCCUGAGGCUGGCACACAGGGCCCUCCAAGAACCAGUGGCGAGGUUACUUUCGCCAUAAAUACCUUUUAUCAACUUUUACAAGGUCAGAAUAAGUUAGGCUACGCCACUCAGGUCUAGCUAUUUUAAGGGCUGCGCUGAGUGGGUGAUGCAAGCCAUCCAUGAAACAGUUAACCAGCUGUCUAGUGUACAGGAGGUCCCUUUCUGAAUAUCCGAGAUUCUUUCACCCGAGGUGUAAAUGGGCAAAGAAUUUUUCAACUGACUUCCCUUUUCUGUUGGGUAAGAUCUGUGAGGUGUGUGUGGUGUGUGGUGUUUUUUUUUUCCUUCCACAUGGGGUGGGGUGGUGUGUUUGUGUUUGUGUGUAGACUAAAUGGUUAUUACUCUGACCUCUCAUUCAUAGGGAGCUUACAGAUGGUAGUUGAUUGUAAUAUAUUUUUUCUUUUUAAGGAACAGAUGGUAUUGUUAUGCACUCAUACUGCAAGGUAUGAUCAAUGCUUACAUUGGAUUUGAUAGAAAAUAUAUAAAUAUACUUGGAAAAUAUAAAUAUACCCCCCCCCCCCAAAGGUUUUAACACUUACUUACAUGAUUUGAUGAGUUAGCUUAGCAAUGUCUAUACACAUCUAUGGCACAAUAGAGCUUUUAGGAAAUAGGGGAAUGGAAUGAAAGAUAUAUUAUAGGUAUUACAGACAUUUAAGGAGUACUAAGCACUAUACUAUAGUCAUUUGUACAAUUUUUGUAGUUAUUAGAAUAAUCAUGUACAGAUAAAAUUUAAAUACACUUUAAAUGGAUAAAAAUUUAUAUAGACGACUUGAAACUUCACUCGAUAAUCACUUAUACACUUAAAACUGUCUUAUGUUGAUAUUAUUUUAGUUAGACAAUUACAUUAUUUAAUAAAUCCGCAGUUUAGGAUCCAAAUGAAUACACCUGAAAAAACAAAGAAUUAUUAUUUAUUUUUUUCUCAAUAUUUUUUAGGCUCUAUCUAUAUAUAGAUUAUCAUGCUCACAUCUUCUUCUAAUUUUCUAAUAGUUAUUGGAGUCAAUUAAUUACUUCAUUACUAGAGAUAAAAACUAAAUAUAAGGGUAAAUAAUAACUAUCGUUUUUUUAACUGACUAAUGACUCAGUAGGAUGAAGACUUGAACAUCCCUCCGGGGACUUACUUGGUGUCUUUUAGGGACAUUGUAUCAUAUUGGCCUAAACGGUCCAUGAGGGGAUAAUAACCGGGAUUAUACCCCAAAAUGUUUUUAAUCCUUUUGUAUUUAUUUGUGUAGAUAUAAUUUGGUAUAGUUUGGGUGCUACUGGGGAGAGGGAUGCCUUUUGUGUAUCAGGAUGUUUAAGAUGAUUACUUUGAACGUCCAGGGUCUUAAUUCUCCAAACAAAAGGACUUUGUUAUAUAACCUUCUAAUCAAAGAACAAAUAGAGCUAUUCUUUCUCCAAGAAACCCAUUGGAGGCUACCAGACAAAGUAACAUGGAGAGGAAAUUAUUUUCCAAAUAUUAUUCAUGCAUCGGAUAAUACAAAAAAUAAAUGUGAAGUGGCAAUAAUAUUCAGUGAAUCGUUGCACACUGAGAUAAUAAUAUAUAAAUUGUCUGAUCCAGGUAUAUACCUGGUUUUAAUUUGUAAAAUAAAUGAAAUAAUCUAUACUUUAUAUUUUUGAGUAAAUUUAUUGGAAUGAAUAGAAGAUAUAAAAGUUGGACAAACUAUUUUGGUAGGAGACUUCCAUACUGUGUUGGAUCCAGAAAUGGACAAAAAUUGAUGAGAGGAGCUGAAAUGAAUAAAAUGGUUAUUAAACAGGCGAAAUCGCUAAACAAAAUAAAAAAUGAAUUAAAUAUGUAUAAUAUAUGGAGAAUAUACCAUCCUAAUGAAUAUUGGUACACCCAUUUCUCAAGAGUCCAUUAUUCUUAUUCCAGACUAGAUAUGAUCUGAAUAAAGUCUCCAAAAUCUAUAUAAAAGAUAUAACGUGGACAGACCACAAUGUGGUGAUUUGUGAAACAAAAGUAUUUAAAAGAAAUAAUUCAAAUAUCACUUGGCAAUUAAAUGAUAAUCUACUUAAAACCUCUACUAACAGGAGAAUGUUUUAGCUAAAUAUAUAAAGAUAUUUUGAAGAAAAUCUGUUAACUCUUCGGUGUGCUUUUAAAGCUGUUAUUUCGAGGCAAUUUUAUUAAACUCCAAGCUCAAUUUAACAAAAAACUAAAUCUUACUACGCUCCAUGCACAGCUGGAGAAGUUUUCACAAAUUAAUAAACAUAAUUUAACUCCUGAAAACUCCAAAAAGCUGGCUGAAACAAAGGAGAAGAUUAAUAUUUGUCUUAUGGAUAGUGAUGCACCGAACGGUUCGCCGGGAUGACGAACACAUGCGCGGUUCGAUCCACCCCCUAUUCAUCAUCAUUGAGUAUACUUUGACCCUGUUCCUCACAGUCAGCAGACACAUUCCAGCUAAUUAGCAGCACACCCUCCCUAGCAGACCCUCCCACCUACUGGACAGCAUCCAUUUUAGAUUCAUUCUCAAGCUGCAUGCUUAGUGAGAGGAGGGAAAGUGUAGCUGCUGUUGAUUAGAUAGGGAAAUGCAUAGCUAGGUUAGGGUAUACAGUGUCCACUACAGUCCUGAAGGACUCAUCUGAUCUCUUCUGUAAGGACAGCACCCCAAAAAGCCCUUUUUAGGGCUAGAACAUCAGUCUGCUUUUUUUUUUUUUUCUGUGUAAUGUAAUUGCAGUUAGUUGUCUGCCACUGCUGCCAGCUUCUGUGUCAGGCUCACAGUGGAUACUGUGCCCAGUGCCACCACUCACUCACUGGUGUCACAAUAGCUUGCAUUUAAAAACAAAAAACUUUUUUCACAGUUAUAGAUUGAAUAGCAGUUAGUUGUCUGCCACUGCUGCCAGCUUCUGUGUCAGGCUCACAGUGGAUACUGUACCCAUUUGCCCAGUCAGUGCCACCACUCAUAUCUGGUGUCACAAUAGCUUGCAUUUAAAAACAAAAAACUUUUUUCACUGUUCUAGAUUGAAUAGCAGUUAGUUUUCUCAAAGCGGUGUGUCAGGCUCACAGUGGAUACUGUGCCCAGUGCCACCACUCACUCACUGGUGUCACAAUAGCUUGCGUUUAAAAACAAAAAACUUUUUUUUCACUGUUUAUAGAUUGAAUAGCAGUUAGUUGUCUCAAAGCGGGUGUGUCAGCCCUACAGCGUGUACUCUGCCAGUUUACAGUGCCACUCAUAUCUGGUGUCAUAAUAGCUUGCAUUUAAAAACAAAAAACUUUUUUCACUGUUAUAGAUUGAAUAGCAGUUAGUUGUCUGCCAGCGGGUGUGUCAGGCUCACAGUGGAUACUGUGCCCAGUGCCACCACUCACUCACUGGUACCCGGACGAAAUUUAUUUUCACAAAAGGCAAUCCCCAACCUGUACUCGAUUGUGCAAAAGGAAAUAAUGGCAUGUCUGGCACACAGUGUUGGGGCAAGGGUCCAUCUGACCACUGAUACCUGGUCUGCAAAGCAUGGUCAGGGCAGGUAUAUCACCUACACUGCGCAUUGGGCAAACCUGCUGACGGCUGCCAAGCAUGGAAUGCGUGGCUCUGCAGAGGAGUUGGUGACACCGCCAUGACUUGCAGGCAGGUCUGCUGCCACCUCCUCUACUCCUCCUACUCCAUCCUCUUCCAUAACCUCCUCGGCUGAGUCCUCUUCUGCUGCUGCGUCUUGCUCCACAUCAACGGAUAGGGGACGUAACAGUGAUUAAACUGAUAACAAUAGUACUAAACACACCACUCCUAUCUGGUGGCACAUUAGAUUGCACGCGCAGUGCCCCAAAUUUGUUGUGAUCUGUGAGUAAAGUAAACGGUUGUCCAUACAAGUAAGGUUGCAGCUUUUUGAGGGCCCACACCACCGCCAGGCACUCCUUUUCAAUGGCAGUGUAUCUACUUCCCUGGGCAAAAGUUUCCGGCUUAGAUAAGCCCCGGGUUGCUCGCCGCCAUCUGCUCCGACUUGGCUCAGUACUGCUCCCAAUCCAAACAUAGAAGCGUCUGUAUGGACGAGAAAGCGUUUAGUUGGAUCAGGAGCAGAAAGUACAGAUGAUUUAAUGAGCGCCGUCUUGAGCUGUUGGAAGGCCUGUUCACACUCUGGGGCCCAUACUACUAUCUUGGGGAGGUUUUUACGCGUUCCUAUAUGGCACUUACUGGGCUUUAGGGUCAGUCCGGCCUCCCUAAUCCGGUCUAGUACGGCUCCUAUGUGGGUCAGGUGUUAGGGCCAGGAGCAGCUAAAAAUGGCUAUAUCAUCCAAGUAGGCGCAGGCAUACUCCUGAAACCCAUCCAGUAGCCGAUCUACCAUCCUCUGAAAGUUAGCCGGGCAUUCUUCAUCCCGAAUGGCAUGGCCUUAAACUGAUACAGGCCAAACGAGGUGACAAAUGCCGACUUGUGGAUGGCGUCCUCGGCUAAUGGAAUUUGCCAGUACCCCUUGCACAGAUCUAUUGUGGUGAGGUACUGGCCUCUGGCCAUUUUGUCUAGGAGCUCGUCUAUCCGGGGCAUAGGGUAGGCGUCUGAGGUUGUUUUAUCGUUUAGCCUCCGGUAGUCUACACAGAAACGGGUCGUGCCGUCCCGUUUCGGUACUAGUACUACCGGGGAGGCCCAGGGGCUGUCAGAGUGUUCUAUCACCCCUAACUGCAUCAUUUCCUCAAUUUCUUUCCGCAUAUUUUCUUUAACUGCUUCGGGUAUGCGAUAGGCGGUUUGGCGAAGGGGGGUCUGGUCUAGGGUUUCAACUUUGUGAGUGGUUAACGGACUGUACCCAGGUAGGUUGGAAAACGUGGCCCCCUUGUCCUGGAUUACCAUUCUCCUAACUGUACUUCUCCCAGGUCUCCGCUCUGGCCCUCUAGGUCUAGGAGAUCUGGGAGUGGCAAAUUAUCAUAAUCUUCAGUGGCAGGUGCACAGAUCGCGGUUACCUCUUCAGUGCGUUCGUGGUAUGCCUUGAGCAUGUUCACAUGGAGCAUGCGCUUGCCUCCCGUGCCUGUAACCGCACCGAUCACAAAGGUGGUAUCACAAACCUGCUCUACCACCUUGUAUGGGCCCUGCCAGGAAGCCUGCAGCUUGUCCUUGUGGACAGUGUCAAUCCAUAUCUGCCAAGUGACCCUAUGUAGGAGGAACAGUCUCUAUUCUGCUCUGUGUCAGUGUGUAUCAGGGGCUCUGAGGACAGGUGUCAAUCCAUAUCUGCCAAGUGACCCUAUGUAGGGGGAACAGUCUCUAUUCUGCUCUGUGUCGGUGUGUAUCAGGGUCUCUGAGGACAGGUGUCAAUCCAUAUCUGCCAAGUGACCCUAUGUAGGGGGAACAGUCCCUAUUCUGCUCUGUGUCAGUGUGUAUCAGGGACUCUGAGGACAGGUGUCAAUCCAUAUCUGCCAAGUGUAGGGGGAACAGUCCCUAUUCUGCUCUGUGUGAGGAGGAGGAAUGGGAAAUGAGUAGCUCGGCAUCCAACCUUGUGCAAAUGGGGUCUUUCAUGCUGUCGUGUCUGUUGAGGGACCCUCGUAUAAAAAGGCUGAAGGAGAACGACCUGUGCUGGGUGUCCACGCUACUAGACCCCCGGUAUAAGCAGACAGUGGCGGAAAUGUUACCGAAUUACAAGUCAGAAAGGAUGCAGCAUUUGCAAAAUAAAUUAAAAAGUAUGCUUUACACAGCGUAUAAGGGUGAUGUCACAGCACAACGGGAAUCUAACAGGGGAAGAGGUGAAAGUCAUACUCCUCCUCCCACGACCACGCCAUAUCUGCCAAGUGACCCUAUGUAGGGGUAACAGUCCCUAUUCUGCUCUGUGUCAGUGUGUAUCAGGGGCUCUGUGUCAGUGUGUAUCAGGGGCUCUAUCUGCCAAGUGACCCUAUGUAGGGGAAACAGUCUCUAUUCUGCUCUUUGUCAGUGUGUAUCAGGGAUCCUUAGGAUAGGUGUCAAUCCAUAUCUGCCAAGUGACCCUAUGUAGGGGGACCAGUCCCUAUUCUGCUCUGUGUCCGUGUGCAUCAGGGGCUCUGAGGACAGGUGUCAAUCCAUAUGUCAAUAUGUCAUAUGUCAGGUGUCAAUCCAUAUUGAUUGUGAUUUAGGAAUGUUAGGUGAUUUCUGCCCUUUAUGGAUUAAAACCAGACUCUGUAUCAACUGUGUAAUUUUCCAUGGGAGUUUUGCCAUGGAUCCCCCUCCGGCAUGCCACAGUCCAGGUGUUAGUCCCCUUGAAACAACUUUUCCAUCCCUAUUGUGGCCAGAAAGAGUCCCUGUGUGUUUUAAAAUUCGCCUGCCCAUUGAAGUCUAUGGCGGUUCGCGAACAUUUGUGGAAGUGUUCGCGACAUCACUACUUAUGGAAAGAACCACUAAAAGUUUAGAAAAACUGAAAUUAAAAUACUAUUUCAAGGCAAAUAGGGAGGACAAAUUAUCGCAUAAACUAAGACAACAAAAGGGUGCAAAUAAAGUGUUAGAACUAGUUGAUAAAGAUAUUCUAUGUGACCCCAAGGAAAUUGGACAAAAUUAAAUGACUUCUAUAGUAACCUUUACAAUAUUCCAUCAGAUACAAGAAUAGCUAAUAUUAACCAAUAUCUUCUGAACACUAAUUUACCUCAGAUAUGCGAUAAUGAGAGAUCCACAAUGAAUAGAGCAAUAACCAUCGAAAAGAGGUUAAUGUAGCAAUAUCUAACUUAGACCGCUAUAAGACUCCUGGUAAAUAUACAUUUAGUAAAUACCUUUAAUUUUGCUGCUCCAGUUGGAUCCUUCCCAGAGGAGAUGACUAGCAAAUCUACUGCCUAUCUUGAAGCAAAAUAAACUGCCUACCGAUGUGCGAAAUUAUAGGCCAAUUUCUCUCAUCAAUGUUGAUGUUAAGCUUUACGCCUCUAUCCUAUCCUCAAGAAUUAAGAAAGUCUUACCAGCGAUUAUUCAUCCUGACCAAAUUGGCUUUGUACCUGGGAGAACAUCUUCAACAAAUAUACGUAGAAUGGUAAAUAUAAUGGACAAUGCUUCCAGAAAGACUAUCCCUUUGUUGACCCUGUCGGUUGAUGCUAAAAAAAAAGCAUUCAACAGGGUCAACUGAAAGUUUUUGGAGGCCACAUUGAAAUGUUUUGGCGUUUUUGUUUGGAUACAAAGAGCCAUUAUGGCUUUUUAUAUACCAAUCCUUCCGUCUGUACUAUAGGCCAAAAAAACUGCUCUUUAUGGUUCCCUUUUAAUAAUGGCACUCAUCAAGGAUGCCCUCUUUCCCCUAUUUUAUACCUUCUUUCUAUCAAAUCUUUGGUAACUAAUAUAAGGAAUAACACUAGGAUUUCUGGGUAUAAAAUAUCCAAGGAGGAGUUAAAAACAAGUUUAUAUGCCGAUGAUAUUUUAAUUACUUUAACCCCAUUAAAUCUUUGACUGCCCUUAUGGUGGAAAUAAAGCAUUAUAAUAAGGUACCCAACUAUAAAUGAAUACAAAUAAAUCUGUGAUAUUGGACAUCAAUCUGAAUAAAGUAACCAGAGAUGUAAUUAAAAUUAAAUAUAUAUAUUUUUUUUAUGGGCAGGGGAGAAAACUAUGCAAGUAAAUUUUUUUAGAAACACUACAGUCUAUGAAUCGAUGGUUGCAGGACCGUAAAAAUGUAGAAAUCUCCUUCUUGGGAAGGAUUAACGUAGUGAACUCCUAUGUAAUCCCAAAGUGGCAUUAUACAUUUCAGAUGUUGCCUGUAAACAUACCAGAAAGUUGGUUGGAUAAAAGACUUAUAAAAUAGGAAUUAAAUAUCCUAUUAAAAACAAUUGUCUUGCAUCCACAAUACUACAUAUUCAUAGAAUGCAAUUAAAAGACAACCUAGAUGAAAGAUGGAACAGAAUAGAGGCAAAAGCAGGGGAAGUGACAAAUUCGAACGGUCUAAUUUGGAGACCACAUUUUUUACAAAAAAAAUUUCCUAAUUUAAUUACAACACAAGUUUUCAAAAAUUGGGAGAAAAUUUAAAACCAUAUUAAACAUUUAAAACCAUUAAUCUUGACUUGCAAUUUAUUGAACAACAAAUGCCAGAUUUAUAUUUAAAGGCCUGGAUCCAGACUGGUAUCACAAAUCUUUCCCAAUUAGCAGUAGAUCGAGAACUAAAAACUUUCCCACAAUUAUUAAAUGAGUAUCAUUUACCAUCUAAAUAAAUAUUUAACUACUUAAGAUUGAAGAGUUUUUUUUUUUUAAAUCCUAUUUGAUUGAACAAAAGACCUCAACUAUAGAAAAAAUAGACGACAAGCUAAUUAGAGAUGAAAUAGCCAAAGCAAUCAAGGAGUACUUCGAAUUCAACGCCCCCACGGCAACCUCACCAAUAGCCCUAUGGGCUGCACAUAAAGCAGUCAUUAGGGGCACUCUUAUUAGUGUAGCCACACGUAAGAAAAAGCAAACCCAAUGAAAAAUAACUGAAGCAAUGACGGCACUGCGCCGCCUGGAGAUAGAGCACAAACAAUGCCCUAACCUCACCAUACUGAAGGAAUUAAAGGCAACUAGGGACCUCCUCACACAAGCAGACACAGCCAAAGCACUCAUGUGGCUCAAACAAAAAUUUUAUGAAAAAGGGAACAAGGCAGAUACCAUGCUAGCUCGCCGCCUCAAAAAACGCACCGACAACAGGCGUAUUUCCACAAUCCGCACAGAGAAAGGGAAUCUUAGCAACUGCCCACACCGUAUAGGUUAAAUUUUUCAGGAUUACUAUAUGGACCUCUAUAACCACGACCGACAACCCCUAGACACAAGGGAGUCCCUCACCACACGCAUAGACACUUUUUUACAAAACGCAACACUACCCAAACUGUCCCAAGAGGCCAAAAGAACACUAGGACAAGAAGUCACGGUAGAGGAAAUGGCACAGGCAGUAGGAUCGUUCAAACCCAACAAAAGCCCAGGAUAUGCUGCCCUCUACUACAAAGAAUUUAGCCCCUUACUCCUCACACACCUCUGCGCAGUCUUCAAUGCCGCACUCAGAGGGGAAAAGCUCACAUCAGACUACACUAAUGCAAACAUCUGCCUUCUCCCCAAACCCGGAAAAGACCACACCGACCCCGCUCAUUACUGACCUAUCUCGCUGCUCAAUGUAGACCUCAAAAUCAUGACUAAAGUCAUGGCUAACAGACUGAACCCACACCUGGACUCCCUCAUCCACCCAGACCAGGUGGGAUUCAUCCCCCAUAGGCAAGCAGCAGACAACACACCGAGGGCCAUAGACCUCAUUUGGCUGGCCAACCAUAAACACAUCCCUACGGCCAUAAUAUUGCUAGACGCAGAAAAGGCCUUCGACCGCCUGUUAUGGCCGUUUCUACACCGAACCCUAUCACACACAGGACUACCCAACGAAUUUACCUCGUUCUUACAAGCGACAUACCACUCACCUACAGGUGCACUCCUCAUACCAAACAUAGUCCCACCGCAGUUCCCCAUAUCAAACGGCACACGGCAGGGAUGCCCCUUAUCACCACUACUAUUUGCCCUUUCAUUAGAACCCCUGCUGCAGGCGGUGCGCUCCAGCCGGGAGGUAGAUGGAAUUACAGUACGAGCAGAAACAUUUAAAUUCUCGGCAUAUGCCGAUGACAUACUCCUGACCCUAACCAACCCGGAAAGCUCACUUAUCCCACUUCUUACCAUCAUACGCGAAUACUCUGAAAUCUCGGGGUAUAAGAUCAACCUAACUAAAUCUGAGCUCUUACCGAUACAAAUACAAACCCAGAGCUUAACCAGGAUCACACACACAGUCCCCCUGCGAUUCUGCCACACAGAAAUAGGAUACGUAGGUAUUAAACUACCGUCAGACAAGACCACCUUAUACGCAAGAAACUACACUUCCCUACUUAGAAAAGCCCACGAGGACCUAAUAAAGUGGGGACCCUUAGGAAUCUCCUUGCUGGGACGCAUCGCCUCUAUGAAAAUGAACCUCCUCCCCAGAUUCCUGUAUCUUUUCCAAACACUCCCAAUCCCUAUCCACAAACAAGAUUUCAAAACCUUACAAUCAGCUAUAGACAAAUUUGUCUGGAAUGGCCACAAACCAAGAAUACGCAGGGGCACUCUGGAUGUACCCAGGAAAUGCGGAGGCCUAGGACUACCUAAUCUCGUACAUUAUCACUCAGCAACGCACUUAGCGCAGAUACAACAAUGGCAUGUCCCACCAGGGGAAAAACGUUGGGUGGACUUAGAACACCUGAUAUUCGGCUGGGAUCACCCGUCCCUUUACAUGUUGGCACCUAAACCAAACAGGCCCUUACCCCCCACUACCGCACCCGCGAUCACACACACACUCGGUCUCUGGGACAAACUCAGAGACAAAUUUGAGCUAUCUUCUUACCUCUCCCCCCAUGACCCCAAUCUGGAGGAACAAACUAUUCCCACCAGGACUCACCCCAAAACAUUUCGCCCACUUCGAACAACGAGACAUAUCAUGAUUGGGACACCUCUACCAAAAUGAUACCAUCAUCCGAUUCUCAGAAAUUAAAGACGCAUCCUCACUCACAACCUUUGAUCACUUUAGAUAUAUACAACUGCGCAGCUUCGCAGCAACCCCGAUUAUACGACAAGCCGGCACAGCCCCACUCACUCGCUUUGAAUAUGACUGCACAAAGCAGCCUAAUAGACAAGGGCAAAUCUGACAUGUACUUGACAAUAGCCAACCACGACACACAACUGGCCCUCCCAUACAUAACAGCGUGGGGAAACAGACUUAGGCCCCCCUGAGGAAGCCACCGAUUGGUCAGACAUAUGGGAAGCAACGGCAUCCAUAUCAAUAUGUGUCACACACAAGGAACAGGCAUACAAGAUGCUGUUCCGCUGGUACCUCACACCACAACACCUCGCCAUUAUGCACCAAAUACCGACGAACACAUGCUGGAAACUAUGCGGAGAAAAGGGCACGUUCCUACAUUGCUGGUGGACGUGUCCGAAACUCCAACCUCUAUGGCACAGUGUCACACAACUGAUAGCCAAGAUACUGUACAAACCCUGCCCCACAGAUCCCUGGGCACUUCUACUCUCCAAACCAAUAGAUACAUUCACCAGAGCCGAAAAUAAAUUAAUAGCCCUAGCAACACGAAGGGCCAUAGCGGAACUGUGGUCCACAACCCGUAUCCCGACACAGGAAAUGGUCUUGAGAAAAAUAACUGACAGCUCGCACAUGGAUAAACUCACAGCAUAAGUACAUGACUCACCCAAACAGUAUCAAAAAAUAUGGGACCCAUGGCUAGAGGGAGACACAACCAUACCAUGGUAAAACCUAUACACAAACAGAUCAACACCCCUGGAGAAAACCUGAAAACCAAUGCACUUACCCAAACCAGCAACCACAGCACACAACCACCCCUGCGCCAUACAGCCCACCCCUACCCACUUAGGGGGGUGCUGAGCGCCCAGGCGAUCCGUAGACCAUCACCCAAGCCCAAACCCCUGAACUCCUUAAAGCCAUACCCCACCCACUUCCCCCACGUACAACAACGCAGGACACAGCAGUACCCUGAACAGACAAGGGACCACUGAAAACCUCCACGACAACAACACACUGAGACCCUACUAUACCCAAACGAAAGGCUGCAACACCAGUAAGAACGAAAAGACAUAAAUCACCACAACUAAUGACGCACCCUGCAACGACCCCAACCGAACCACAGUUGCAAACACCCACCAAUGCACACUAAUCACAAGGCAGGCUUCCAAUCCCCACAAGGGAACCUACGACAUCUAACAAAUGCCACCGCCACCUAUAUCUAGGCAAUGCAGUGAAUGAACAAGGAAUUACCAAAGAGAACUGCACGCUCCUAGGUAACUGCAAACUUAAACCCAAUAAAACACCUGGCAAUGGCACUACUACCAACUUGUAAAUGGCAUCAGACUACCCUCACCCCACCUCCACCCUCUUUCCUACAACGCCCCCCCUCCUCAUCCACAUCAACGCAAACCUACACAAAGACAACUACCAUCAGUGUAUGUAGGGAAAACUGAAUGAAAAAUGUUGACCCUCCCCGACGUCCAUAGAACAAAACUGCUAUUCAAACAGAAACCAAGAAUGAAAGAUACAAACUCCAGCAUUGACGAAAAGCAUGUUACUUAAUAUGUGACAGUUUUUUCAUGAAAAGUAUGUUAUAACAAGAAUAUGUACAUGUUGUGAAAACUGGACUACGACUGCUUACCCCCUGUUUUACUUUCUGUACCCCCCCACAACCCCCCAAAAAAGCAAAAUCUCUCAAAAUAAAGAAUUAAAAAAAUAAAUCGAGAUGUUAAUUCCAAUAUAAAUAGAUGUUUCCUAAUGCAGACCACAUGUGUUGGAGGUGCCAAUUGAUUAGAGGUACCUACCUCCAUAUUUGGUGGGAAUGUGAUAGAAUAAGAGACCUAUGGGGGGGAAACUUAUGCUUUUCUUUAAUUAACCUUAAAUAUCAAAAUAAAAAGGUUUCCAGAGGUUACUCUACUACAUCUUAACUGGCCAUAUACAGUAUGUCUCACAUGGACCAACUGAUUUUAUCUCCUGCACUAUUGGCUACCAAAAUUGUAAUCGCAAGACACUGGGAUGUAGAAAAGAUAAUUCCCUGGUCGUUGGUGAAAAAUCAACCCACAUUUCAAGUCAGAAUGGAACAUUUAUUGAUAGCAAAUAACAAAAAUAUAAACACAAAUAUCUCCGUAUGGGAUAGAUGUUGUGAGAAGAUUAAAAACGCUCUUGUAACAUAGAUGAGGGAAGGUCCUAAGGAGACUUAAUGGAUAUGAAAUAUUGUUGCAUAUAGAGGUAUAAAUGACAUCAGCCCAUCUGAAAGGUUUAUGAAUUUUGUUGAGCCCUUGAGACUCCUAUACAUUUGUCCUAUUUCGGUAAGCUGACUAUAUACUAAUAUACAAAGUAUAAAACAUUAUAGAGGUACUCGUGAUAUAUUUUUUUGCUUUAUACCAGUAAGUUUUUUUUAUUGUUGUAAGGGUUCCACGUGUAGGGACUGUGUAAUCUGAAUUGCAGAAUCCAUCCAUUUAUCUAUUACCAGAGGAUGCCACUGGCAAGGAUGGCUUUAAUGGCUAUUUAUGUUAUAUAAAUAAUCAUUUUAUACAAGGGCUGAUUAACCCGUAGAAUGUCAGUGGUUUGGCACAGUGUCUCUCUUGGUGUGUUAUGGGUGAAGAGUUUGUGCUGACAAUUUAUCGUUGUGCGUUUUUGUGGUUUUCCUAUCUGUAGGAAGCAGCGAGAGCCCAUGGCUUGGCCGUGGUAAAUGGCUGCAGAUACUAUAAAUGGGGAGUGCAUGGCAUUAUUUUCUGCUAGUCCCCAGCCCUUGUUUGAAGCCAGACUUUGGUGUCUUACAGUCCCCUUCAGCUGACAAACAGUAAGAUUCUCUGUAAAUGUUUGAAAAGUCCUUGUAGAGCACCUCAGUCACAAACUGUAUUCCAAUCAAAGGCUGCAUGUUCUGUGUGUUGUUAGUGUGUGGUGCUGUCUCUGUCUGUGGCGGUAUUGGUGUGGUGCUCUUGAGUCUAUAUGGAGGUAUUGGUGUAGCUCUGUGUAUGUGAUGCCCUGAGUGAGAUGGUAUAAGUGUGGCAUUCUGUGUCUGAAGUGGUAUUAGAUUACAUUGUUUCUGGUGGUAUUAGUGUUAUGUUUGUGGUGGUAGUGUGGCACAGGGAUGGGCAAAUGUUAGCAGGACACUUUGUCUAGAUGAGAGUAUUAGUGUCACAUUUGUUGUGGCGGUAUUAGUGAGGUGAUGGUUAUGGUGCGAUACUCUCUGUGUAAAGGAAAGCUUUAGUGUGACGCUGGGGUGUCUAUGUUAUCGGUAUUAGGCUUGCGCUCUGUUGCGAAGUGGGGGGAGUACAGAUUACAUUUUUACUCUAUUUAAUGAGCAUGCCAAAUACUUUGUACAUAUAUCUCAAUGCAUUCAGUGAGCUAGGAAUCUCAUUUUUUAAAAAUUAUGUAAUUUUAUUUUAUUUUACAAAAUCAUGUUUUAAUCUAGCAAGACGCAGCGGGUAUAGAAGUAAUAAUCAUUCUAUUACCCAAUUAUCCGUUGUUUUGCGUUAAACCUUAAAUUAUUUAGCUGUUUUUAAUAAAGUAUUCUGAGUGUUAGUUAUAUUAAAUAUUUAAGUCCUGAUGGGAAUUGCAGUUAAUCGUAACCCCUUGAUGGAUGGUUUUGUUCCGGGGAUUGAUCAAUUUCCCUAGGAGCCGGCUAAAUGUUCAUUCGUAAACAACGAACCUACUGCUUUAACUACCCAACGCUCACUCACAAGGUCCGCGCCAAGCACCAUCACAACAAAGGUACGCUUCAAAGGGUGUGUCUGCCACUCUCACAGUAAACCUGUCCUGUUUUCUAUGUAUUUACUGUGUUACACGCUGUAUAACCUUGUUGAUAGCUGAGGUCAGCUGAUUCUUAAAGGGACAAUUACCAGACCCACUACAGCUUAAUGUGUAAGAUACAGCUCAUUGUAGUGGAUCUGGUGUCUAUAGCCUGUCCCUGCAGCCUUAGUAUUGUAAGAACUGCCCUUUCAAAGAAAAGCCAGUGUUCACAUUGCUGGCAAAUUGCUCCUCUAGUGGCACACUCAGAGGGCCUCUAGCGGUGCAUUCUGGGUCAGUUCAGCGUUUCCACGGUCUGCUUCCCAAUAGAGAUGCAUUCAUUCAGCACAGUGUUUGGAAGUGCAUGCACAGUAGCCUUCUAAUGCUUUUCUAAGGGAAAGUAUUGGAUUGACUGAGAUCAUCAAAACUGAUAAUUUUUGCCACCCUUGCUUUUUUUUGCUUUUUUUUCACACAAACUUUAUGUAACAGCAGGUAACACCUCUAGUGGCUGUCUUGUACAUUGCAGGGUUAAGGGGACAGGUACACUGCACAGAGAUCACUUCAAUGAGUUGAACUAGUCUGGGUGCCUAUAGUGUCCUCUUUAACCCCUUAAGGACCAAACUUCUGUCAUGUGUCCUUAAGGGGUUAAGCACAGAAAUAAUUACCUCCUUACCACAAGAAGCCAAUAGUAUAAAAUGUAUCCUACAUUUACACAAUAGCCACUUCAGAACUGGACACAUUUUGGAGGGGUUACACACAAUAUGGGCAGCAGAAUUAAAAUGUACACAGAAACCUUCCAUUUCCCCAUGGAGGUCAGUGGCCAUGGGCCGUGUAAUUACCAUAGAACCGGAGUAUGUGAACUGGUUUUAUAGGAAAUCCCCAUCCCAAUAAUGGCACAAGAUCUACCUGGGUCCAGUCCUUAUUCUAUUAAUAACAUAUUCUGAUGAUAUUUUACUACACUGCCGUUGUGCAAUCGUGUGGGUUUUUAAUGUGAUUCCCCCCUGUUUGUUCCACGUUUCAGUCUCCUGGAGGAAUAUCUUGUCUGAUCAUGUCCUUCUCGAUAAGUUGUGAGAUGGUUUUUAAUUUGGUUUUGCCCAUUUCUGGCUCGAGCAUCAGGAAACUGGGUUCUAGAUGAAUAAACGAAGAGAUUAACACAUUUCUUUUAAAUGACAGCUAGUCUGAGUCCUGCACCAGUUGCCAAUGAUCAGCCAGUCAGUAAUUGGGGUUUAUGGCUCUCCUGGAGUAUCCGGUUUUAUUUAUGGAAUGUGCAAUUAAAGAUCUUUCUGACAGCAGUCAAAGUGUUAACGUCAAGUGGCAGGCUCUCAGCUGUCCGUACCCUUCCUAAUUGUAAAGAGCUCCUGUCUCAUCCUGUCGUCACCGUGUCAGGAAUAACCAGGGCUGGGCAAGGCCUCCUCCAUUUUUAUUUACGAACUUCAAGCACUGGAAGAGGUGGGAUGUCUGGCCUGCUCUGUAGGAAGCGUCGGAAGGAAGGCGUGGGUAUGUAUGAAAAUGAGGAUAAAUUGGAGCUAGCUGUGAUAGGUGUUAGGAUCUGCAUCUUGAAACCUUCGGUGAGAUGAACUCACGGCUUAGAACAGGACUCAAUGCUGCUGUGUGUCUCCGGUGUGUCUCAGCAAUUAUUCUUAAUGGGCUUCGAAUCCGGCCAGAAAAAAUGGCUUGUGUCCCAAAAAAAAAAAGAGUUUAGUAACCAUUAAGGGUUGUGUUACUUACAUCUCCUCGGCACAAAUAACUCUGUAUAUUUUAACAUUAAACUGGCUUUGGCGUGUGUGGAUUAAAAAAUACCUACAUCUAACCUGCUAUAAAGAGUCUAUUUUUGUAAAUCUUUUUGUGUCUAUUUGAUAUUAAAAUGUAAACAAAAAACAGGGGGGUGUAGGGUUGGGGGGGUCUAAUCUUGGGAAUGGAGGUAAAACCCUGUGGCAUUAAAGUGGCUGCAUUAAGCUAGACUUCUAUUACAGAUUAAUGGCUAUUCACUAACAUGGAAGUUCUCAGGAAUUCAAACUGAUCUCCAAACUGUAAGCCAGGCUUCCCCAAACCCUGGCCCUCCAGAUGUUGCUGAACUACAACUCCCCUGAUGCUAUGAAUGAAAUAGACUGAGAAUCAUGGGAGUUGUAGUUCAGCAAUAUCUGGAGGGCCGGAGUUUGAGGAAGCCUGUUUUAAGCCAACAUCGACAAAUUUUAUUUGGUUUUUGCUAUUUUUUGCUAAAAUUUGAAAGCCACUUGAAUUUCUGACUUUUCUGUGUUUUGUGAAAAAAAAAUAAAAAAUGUAGUGCAUUGAAAUUCAAAUUGUGAAACCGUAAAAUAUAGUGUUUGGGGAACCCCACCCUUGCCCCACCCUACUCGUGGUAAAUAUUACUUUGUGUGUGUGUCUCUCUCUCUCUAUGGUACUUUAAUAUUAACAUAUCUUUUUCUCUAACUUAGUGAAUGAUCUCCAGGAGGAAGGUAAAAAUGCCAUCAACGCUCCGAUGUCUCCAACACCCAUCACCCUCGACCCAGAGGAGACAUUGCUUGGUAUGUAACCUUACCCAUCAGCUGCCAGAUCUAUGCACUCCACGGGACAUUCGUACUUUAAAAGGCUGUUUAAAGUAAAAUGAUUUACUUAUUAAAGUGUGCAUUGUCUAGAACUGAAAAUUAAUUUUUGAUUUUAGUAUAAAAUAUCUGGCUGAACACCUAUACGUACAGCCUGGGUCUGUCUUUUUUUGAAUAGAGUUUGUGAAUCAAUGUGAAUGAUAAGAAAUUCAAAUAGUGGCUUAAAGGUCCACUUCACACCCAUACGAACACUUCAAGUUACCAAAAUGCUUCAUGGGCGACGAGUAUUCUAUUCUAUUCCUAUUUAUAAAAGGGCUGAUUUUCUAAAAGCCUGUGACUGGUUAUGUCCCCAUAAAGAGACUAACAAGUCUUGCAGGGAAAAGGGGAGGGCUUGUGGAGGCUGCAGUUUAUAAGAAUUACAGAAUUUGUAGGCUAAUUUAAGAUCCAAAUAAAUGCAUGCACUCACUCAUUGGGGGUAUAUCAGCCGUAACUGUGCAUUCAGAUGCCGCAUGUGCUAUAAAUCACAGUAUGCAACGGACACAUUGAACUAAAAAAAAAAAAUGAAAAGCAGAUCCCCUGGAAAAUGUUAGAAUAAGCGAGCUAUUGUCGAAUGGGCACGUCCGUUAUCCUACCAGAUCUCUGGGCUUAAAUUUUAAAUUCACUUUGAAUUUUCUUUUUAGUGAAAAACCUUAUUGACUUCUAUUUGUUUAAAUAAAGACUAAAGUUUCUGCAGAUUUGAAUCAUAUUUGGAAACUUCCUGACACCCCACCCAGGCGUUCUGCGUUUCCUUUUUCUCCCUUAAUCCUUUUUUUUAUUUUUAUCUAUAUAUAACAGUCAUGGCAUGACUGGACGGCCACUAAGAGUUUCCAGUAAAAGAAUGUUUCAUUAUUUCUCUGAGACUUUUUAUUUGUCCUAAUUCUGCGAUUAGCGCUUAGAGUGAUGGCCGCAGCUAAUAUCUCUCUAAUCCCUCCUGUGUUUUGUGAUCACACAGAGGAAAAUGAAGAGCGGACAAUGAUUGACAAAGCAUCCAGAGAAGAUCUCAAAUAUAUAGAACUAAAAAAGGUGAGAGUUUAACGUAUUUUGUUCCAUUAUUGGGGAUUUAUUCACUAAACUGAGAUUUACUGAGUGGGAAAAGAAUGUGAUGUCUAACAUUUUAAUCUUUGCACAGACAGAAUGUGAUACAUUAACGAUAAGGAGCUGUCUUUAUACUGCCAGAUACUGUUACAAAUUCAAUGUGAUGUAUUUUAGAAGGGAGCUGACCCUUCCCAAUUUCUUUUUUUAAAUUUAGUAUUGCACUGAUCAGAUAUGGGUUUUGUGGCCUUAAAAAUAAGAUUUAUAUGUAAAAUGCACAUUGUUCUUUUUACCUCUACCCUGAAACUUGGGACCUCUGUCUAAGCUCUGUCUUUUACAAAGUCAUCGAUGUUUGUCGUUGUCCUUAUUACAAUGUGCGCCUGGACUAAACUGAAUUGUGUUAACAAACACUAAAUCUUUAAUCUACACAGGAAACAUUGUAGCUACUGAAACAGCACAAGUUAUUGCUGAUAUUAAAUGUUGUUUUUUUUACCAUUGGGUUAUGCAGCAAUAUAUUUUACUUACUGAAAUCCCAGUAUGGGGGCUGGUUUCCCCCUUCUAAUACUGGUUUGGCUUUGAAUUCCUAGACACUUUGCACCAUAACCACUGCAGUGAGCUGUAACAAUACAUCAAGCUGCAGUGGUUCAGAUUAGAGGUCCCUUUAACAUGAAGGGUUUUUGCACUGUACAAACGGUAAUGACAUUCAGUGUAAUAUAUAACAUUGUUUUCAUUUAAUACCAGAUCAUAUUUGUUGUUCUGGAAUAGCCAAUACCCUUCCCCCCCGCCCCCCAGAUACGGAUCCUGAAUUGACCCAAUUACAAUAAACCUUCCACGGUUUCCAUGGUUACUACUCUAAUAUAGGAAUCCUAUUGAUUAUUAUUGCUAUUUAUUACUCAGAAACCUCUACAAACCUCAUUAUGAAGAGGUAUCUAUACUUUCCAUUCAAAAAGGCAUAAAACUCAAAUUCAGCUCUAACUUUAUUUUAUAAAGUCUGGUCCCCUAAACCACAGAAAUUACUCAAACAUCCACAAAUGCCUUCCUCUUGCGGAGUCCUGCACCAGUUUUAAGCAAACGUAGCGUAGAUUAAGUUUAUAGAAAGUCCAGCCAGUCACGUUGAUUCUUCUCAUCCUUUAACCCUUUUCUCUCCUUACAGGUUCUCAUAGAUUGGAUUAAUGAAGUUCUGGUGGAGGAGCGGAUUAUUGUAAAAAGUCUGAAACAUGAUUUGUAUGACGGACAGGUGCUACAGAAGCUGCUAGGUGGGGAAACCAUAUUAAAGGGGGGCUUUUCUUAAUUCAGCUUCUUUUCUGGCAUAUCGUUAUCAGCUGACGUCUGCCUAACUCCCAUCAAUCCCUGGCAGCAACUGGGCAUGUCUUGGUGCUGCCCAAAGAUGAAAUCGCUUUGAAACCCUAAUAAUUAAAAAUCCUGUAAUAUAAACAAUAUACAGCAUUGAGACACAUUAUGUAGGAAUGACGCGCUCUCUGGUUUUGUAAGACCUUCUGUUUGUGGGUUAUUAUGAAUCCCUCUGAUUCCCAGGUUUGGACUCAUUUCAUUCCUUUUAAUUUGCAGAGACACUGGCAAACUGUAAGCUGAACGUGGCAGAAGUGACACAGUCUGAAAUCGCUCAGAAGCAGAAGUUACAAACUGUUCUGGAAAAGGUUCAGGAUCUCCUGAGACCCCAAGGGUGGCCGAUCCGAUGGACCGUGGACGGUGGGUAUCUCUGGACACCAAUGUUCCGUAAUUUAUCUUGCAGCGAUUUCCGUCUGUAUGUCUCACUGUUGGCUUCUCUCUUGUCUUACUGUAGCGAUCCAUGGAAAGAAUACGGCCGCUAUUCUUCACCUUCUUGUAGCGCUGGCAAUGCAUUUCUGCGCUCCGAUUCGCCUUCCUGAACAUGUCAGCGUCCAGGUCGUCGUCGUAAAGGUAAAAAUCCAUUCUUGAUGUGUGAUUUGAAUGAUUAACAGUGUAAUUUUUUAUUCAAAAGUAAAUUUAGUUUUGUUUAUUUUUGUUAAUAAUUGUUGCAAAAAUAGAUGAAUCGCAACAAUGUCUUCAAGGAUAAUGUGGACAGUAUAAAGAGUGACAUGGCACAAUGUUUAUUUUUGUUUCCUUCGCUUUAUUUCAGUAAUUGUGUUAAAGGAGCACUAUAGGGUCAGGAGCACAAACAUGUAUUCCUGACCCUAAAGUGUUAAAACUAACAUCUGACCCCCUCUUGCCUGCGUAAAUCUAGUAAAAUCUUACUUGUAUUCAAGUCUGCAGCUGCUGCCUCUGUCUGCUGACAUGAGGCAGCAGCUGCAGACUUGAAUACAAGUGUUGUUCAGAGCCAAUCACAAUGCUUCCCCAUAGGAUUGGCUGGGACUGUUAAGGAGGCAGAUCAGAGGCAGAGUCAAAAACAGCCCUGGCCAAUCAGCAUCUCCUCAUAGUGAUACAUUAAAUUAAUGCAUCUCUUUGAGGAAAGUUCAGUGUCUGUAUGCAGAGGGUGGAGACACUGAAUGGCAGUCACACUGUCCCAGUAAGCACCACUAGCAGCCGUUUGAGGAGUGGCCAGUGGAGUUAUCACUAGGCUGUAAUGUAAACACUGCAUUUUAUCUGAAAAGACAGUGUUUAUUGCAAAACGCCUGAAGGGAAUGAUUCUACUCACCAGAACAAAUGCAAUAAGCUGUAGUUGUUCUAGUGACUAUAGUGUUCCUUUAAAAGGAGUACCAUAACAACUUAAACUUAAUGAAGCAGCUUUGUUGUACAGAUUGUGCCCCCUGCAGUCACACUGCUCAAUUCUCUGCCAUUUAGGAGUUAAAUCCUUGAUUAUGCAGCCGUAGCCACACCUCCCCUGGCUGCCACUUAAACAGCCUCACUAUACCUUCCUAAAUGAGGUUACUUUUAAUUUACUUAUUUUAUUAUAUAUAUAUAAUAUAUAUAUAUAUAUUUUUUUUUAGCUUACCUUUUAUGUUGACUAUAAUAAAAAAUAAAUAAAACUAGUGCAGCCCAGAGGGUGUAAAAUAUUAGCAAAUACUGAAUGAAAACUUUUUAAACAAGCCAAGUUCGGUACCAAAAAUACAAGGAAAUAAUGAACACACUCUCUGGCUAAUUUGUUCUCUAAUUAGCAUGAGUCAUGUGUGCCAUCACGCAUUGUGUGGGCACAUAGUACUGGCAAGGGGCGCACAUACGACGCGGGCGUACUGCGUCACUACUGACAUAGGAACUACAUUUGAUGUCAUCGCAGGCAGCAUGGAGAUCACCGGAUCGAAAGAGAGCACCCAGGAGCCUCGUCAAACACAAACAAUUUUUAAUUUUAAUUUUUUAAAUUUUUUUCCAUUUAAUUUAUUUAUAUUUUAGAUUUGCAAUUACAGGUUAUCAGGUUAGUGAUAUUUGUUAAUGUGUCAUUAACCUGUUGUGUUCAAAAUGGUUAUUCGGGUGUGUGUGUCUUUAAGGAUAUUCUGAAUGUACAUUUACCGUAUAGUAUGUGUUAAUUAUGUUCUAUUUCUUACUAAGUUAUAUUGGAAAAGAUGAGCUAAUUUAGACUUGCAUGAAACGGUUCCCAGCGAGUGCCACCAUCAUCUUUCUUCAGCUACUUGUGCUUCAUCCACCAACAUCUGUCACUACUGUUCUGUUGUGCAUGCGCUGGAUUACAGCAUGGAGGUCUAUGGAGCCUGAUAGAGCCAGAUCCACCAUAGACCUAUAAGCACAAUGCACCAGAUUCCCACAGUGAAGGCUCUAUCUGUUUUGUGAAUUUAAUUUCACAGUUUUGUCUUAUGGUAACUUUUCAGUGAAAUCCCAGUGCAGUCAGUUGUGUACAUUAUAAAGACGUCUUCAUAAAAUACUCAGAAAUUAUAUCGUUGACAGACUCUUUAAUGCCAUUGAUUGAAAUAGAAUUUUGUGAACAGCAAGAUCAAGCCCCUGCUAUAUUACAGUAAUCCACUAGAUGGCAGCAGAGGAAAGGCUUAAAUCUUUAUUUAGCGAUUGUUGUAUUUUUGUUCUGUAUUGUAGUAAAGUAACUGGCUGAGUAUAAAGUGAAUUAAAUGACAAUCAGAUUAGAGGAAACCCUUUUGUGCAUUUUUACUUUGCUGUAAAAUCUGAACCAUUAUAUUGCUUUAUAAUGUUCAGCAUUCUCCAAUCCCUUUCUGUGUUGGCCUUUACACCUCUACUGAGUAACAGUCCGUGCAAGCACUACAUCUGUUUAAAUAGCUGAAUAUUUGAUCAAGAACUCCAUGUUUAGAUAUUUUUGAUUGCCUGGUGAUUUCUCUUUUGGAUUGAGAGAAUCUCUAGAUUACAAGCGUCGCUACCUCUACAAUUCAAUUUACCUGAUGAGGCUUCCAUUCACUGAACAGUUCUGAGAGAGUUCUUGUGUGCUUGUUUUCUUUUUAGCCUUUCUUUAUUGUAGCCGUCGCAGCAGGAAUUGUGUGGUUUUUUUUUUAGAAUCAUUUUAAACCCCACUCUGCCACCCCCCCCCCCAAUCAAACUGAUAAACAAUAUAUUUAUUUUUGUCCCAUAUUGUCAAUAUUAUUUUAUGUAACGCUGGCAAAUUCUGUAGCGAUUUAAAAUCUUACAGUGGGAUAAAAAAUAUCAACCAAAUGUACGUAAACAGACGGAAAUGAAAGCUCUGAUCGAAUCUAUAGGACCAACGCAAGUGAAAUUUCGGCUCGUAGCUGGUUCUUCUACAAAUGUAAACUUUGCUUCCAUUGUUUCUAUAAAUCUAAUGGUGGAGGUCUUGUGUGCCCAGUCCUUGUUCAUAAACUGUGGCGGGUUUGUGACUGCAUUAGAUUGCGUGGAACCCAUUCUGGAGUCUGAUUCGUUGCAGGCUGUCUCCAUUCUGAAGUUUGGAGGUAUUUGUAAGGUGAUUCUACUGAACAUUUUAUGAAUGUACUUGUCUUCUUUUCCCCCUAUUUUAAUAUAUAUAGAACAUUUGGAUUAUUUUAAGUUUCUUAAUAUUUUGCACAUGCUUUUAGUAUUGGUUUGUACCAAAGAGGAUGUUGGCAAUUUAUCGUUCCUAUGAUUUCUGUCUUCCAGAAACGAGAAGGCCUCCUUCACACAUCCUAUGUGACAGAAGAGCUUACGACCACAACAGAGUAAGUAAUUUUACUGUGAAGUUUAACAGUAUAUUGUACUGUCUGCUUUAUCCCUCCCGCUUUUUUAUUAUUAUUAUUAUUUAUAUAGCGUCAACUAAUUCCGCAGCGCUUUACAAUAUUAUUAAAGGGGGGGAAUUUACAAUAAAUGAGUCCAUUACACAGAAACAAUAAGUAGUUUAGGACCCUGAUCAAAUGAGCUUGCAGUCUAGAGAAGCGUUUUCCAAUUGGUGUUCCACAGAACACUAAUUGGGAUUCCGCCGAAAAAUUUGAAAACAAAUGGCCGCAGGCGGCGGGGUAGCAGGGAGCUCUGAUCCGGCAUCACUAGGAGGAGCGCAAGGGAGCUGAGCAGGGAGAUCAGAGCUCCCUCGCCGCCCGCCUCCACCACUCACCUGUCUGUCCCUCGCCGCCUGCCAAGCUGCAGUAGCCCCACUGGACCCCAGGGACUACAUGCCAGCACUCCUAAAGGUAGGGGGGCUGGAUGGAGUAACAUGUAAAAAAAAAAAAUGUAUGUGUGUCUGUUAGGGAGUUUGUAUGUGUUUUGUGUGUUUGUCAGUGAGAGUGAAUGUGUGCUUGUCAGUGAGUGUAUGUGUUUGGCAGUGAGAAUUUAUCUGUUCUUGUCAAUGAGUUUCUAUGUGUGUCUGCAAAAGAAUGUUUGGCAGUGAGAGUGUAUGUGUGCAUGUCAAAGAGUGUGUGUGUGUGUGUGUGUAUCUGUGUCAAGGUUUGUGUUUGUGUCACUGUGUGCAUCUAAGUGUGUGUGUGUGUGUGUGUAUGUAUCAGUGUGUUUGUAUGUACCUGUGUGUGUGUGAGUGUGUCAAUGUGUAUCUGUGGGUGCAAGUGUGUGUAUGACACUAUGUGUAUCUGAGUGUGUGUAUUUGUGAGUCAAGGUGUGUGUAUCUGUGUGCCAGUGUGUGUUUAUAUCUGUGUGUCAGAUACAUAUACACACUGACACAGAGAUAUACAAACACAGAUAUACAAACCUUGACACAUACAUACACAGAUACACACCGUGUGUGUAUCUGUGUGUCAGAUUCAUACUGACACAUACAACCACAGAUAUACAGACUUUGACACAGACGCACACACUUUGACAUACACAUACAUACAUACAUACAUACAUACAUACAUACAUACAUACACAUAGUGUGUGUAUCUGUGUGCUACUAUCUGCCAGUGUGUAUCUGUGUGUCAGAUUCAUACACACUGGCACAUACAAACACAAAUACACACACCCUGACACACCGAUACAUACACAGAUACACAAUGUGUGUCAAGGUAUGUGUAUCUGUGUGUCAGAUUCAUACACACUGGCACAUACAAAUACACACACCUUGAUACACACACACACACACACACACAGUGUGUGUAUAUGUGUGCCACUAUCUGCCAGUGUGUGUGUCAGAUUCAUUGACACACACAUUUUAAAAAAAACAAAAAACGGCACAAUUUUUUUUUUUCGGGGGGGGGUUCCACGAUGUUGAUACACUAUGUCAAAGGGUUCCAUGGAAAAAAUGAAUUGGGGAAACCCUGGUCUAGAGGAGAUACACAACAGGACAGCAAGGGUGACAGCCACCAAACAAGGUGGAAAAGUAGCAUAACUUGAGGUGAGUGGAGUAUGGCUCUUUAGGAGAGCAAGGGACAGACUUGGGUAAGUAUAGAUAAAUUACUCUGGGAGUCCAUAAGCAUUUCUGAACAGAUGUGUUUUGAGGGACUUUUUUUUUUUUUUCAAACAAUCGACAACGAACACUCACUAACCAAGACACACACACUAACAGACACACACAUGAACACACUGACAAUUUAAAAUAAAAACAUUUCAAGUUCAAUCCACCCAGUCUCCUUACCUUUAGGAGUGCUGGAGUAGAUUCUUCGCUGUGGUCUAGUGGGGCUGGCUCAGCGGGUGGUCAGGCAAGCGCUCCCAGAGUGGAAGCGUGCCGUGGGGGAGCAGUGAUCUUUUCAGCUCAGCUCCCUUGCGCACCUCUUAGUGAUGCCAGGGCCAGAGUGACGUCAUGUUUCGUCUCCGGCAUCACUGCGGUGCGCGUGAGGGAGCUGAGCAGGGGAGAGCGCUCCCUCGCCACUCACUUCCCACAUAAGGUAGCCUUGGGGGGCUAAGGUGGCCAGCUCUUGAGGGGGGUGGGGGGGGGCAGGACAAGAGGAUGGCAAGGUAUUUGCCAGGACGUUUGCAGGCGUCUUUUUUUGCCGCCCCCUCAAAUGCCUCUUCAGCCUUGCGGUAAAUACACCGCUGCAUGUGGUAUCAGGCCUGCAGAGAUAGGGUGUCAACGUGCUCAAUAACAUGAGCUCCACCCAUAGAGGCAGAACAUUUUAUGCUUUUAUUAUAAAUAUUGACAGAAAAAUAUGUCUGAAGUUAUCCAACGUUCCCUUCCUGUUUUAUUGUUCGAUUCCUUGAUUUGUAUACCCAGCCAGGCAUUCUGUGCCUUCAAGUCUAGUAGCAGCUCACCUUGUAUUUGGUUUUACACUGUGUAUGGCAAUAUAAAUGGGUUGCAGCAAUACCAACCUUUAGAAACACUUUUUUUUUUUUCCCUCUUUUUUUUUUUUUAAAUGUUAUCUCCUUCCAUUCUUUGAUUCCCAAGCCCACAGUUUCUCUGUUUCUGAAUUCUAGAUUAUCCCAAAGCACAUCGUAUUGUAUACAUUUUUUUUGACUGGCGGCAGGAAAGGGAAGCCCUUUGGGAAGCCAUGAGAUGACUGUACAAUAAUGAAUUUAUUUUAAUUACUAACCAGUCAGGGACCAACCAGUCAGGGACCAGUCAUGAUGCGUGGGGCAGGAAUUGGCUAAUCUACGUUCGCUUUAUAAAAUGAUCCAUUCUAGAUGGAAUUCAAAAACCUGGUUUACAUUUCAUCCAGUCUUGCACUGUAGGAUACGAUGUAAAUUCUCUCUGCGUGAGAGAUACAGCAACCUCAGACAAUUGUUUCAGCCUUCUUUGGGCCUUGUCAGUGAGGUGCAGUUGAUACCCCUCUAGGCACAGGUGAGCACAGGUUCAUGUCUGGAUUACCCUUUUAACUUGGGGAGAGCCAGGUUAAGGCAUUGCAACAAAAAACGAAGAUGUGGGAACAGACAAAACCCUAUAGCUUGCCCAUCUCAAAACAGUUUUUGCUUACUUGUGCUAUUCUCCCAGAAUGCCAUGCUGAAUAUGCAAAUAGUAAUAGACCACAUAACUUUUUCAAUUUUCGCACCCACUUGAGGAAUGAUUCCCCCAACAGUGAUGGACUAUUCUAGGAUAUCUCCAUGGUUUUGUCAAGUCUCCAUGUUUUGUAGUGUUUUAAUUUAUUUAUUUUUUAAUGGUAAGAUUUUUAAUUUUAGUGUUUUCCCCCCUUUAGGAUGAUGAUGGGAAAAUUUGGUAAGUAAAAUCUCCUUUUUGUACCUUCCAUUUACUUAUUUGUCUUAUGUUCCGGUUUAUGUAUCCCUACGGUUUACUGAAAUCAAUAAUUCACAUGAAUGGAGCAUACAUAUUGCUAAUGGAAUUGAGAGCUAUUCCCCUCCCAUCAUUCCUCUGUGCAGUAAUGCGGGAAUCGUUGCUUGAUCUGCAUGGUGCCACGUGGGCCGUAAUAAAUGCAGGUUGUCUACAAACUUUAAAAACAGCAGAACCUGGUAUUGGCCCUAAUGGGGUUAAUUAAUUAAUGACAAAACACACUAGACAUGUCAGUAUCCCUAAUCGAGCAGAACAUUUCAUCAAGUUACUAAUACGAGUGACAUUUAGUAGUUUUAUUUACUACUUUGGGUUUAUUUAGAUAACAUAUCUCUAUAUCAUUGUUUAAUUUUCUCCCCCCAGAAAGGGAUGCGUUUGAUACCCUCUUUGAUCAUGCUCCAGAUAAACUGAGUGUUGUUAAGAAGGUAAGACGAUUUUACUUGGUGCUUUAGAUGGUUGUUGUAAGACACAAAGAGAUUUAAUAAGUUUCAUUCUUUCCUUUAUUUCAGUCUUUGAUUACGUUUGUGAAUAAGCAUCUAAACAAACUGAACCUGGAGGUGACGGAGCUGGAGACUCAGGUUAGUGGUGGCACGUGCUUUCUCGUGGAUACAUUUUAGAACACUUCAGCAUCUGUGACCUUCUCGGAAUAUGGCUUCCAUGUGUCGUACUCCAACCCACAUUCCUGUUUCCUGGUCCUUCUACUAUGAAAGGAUAUAUAAACGCCCCAAACCUAAAAAAUUGGCUUUCUUUAAAAAGUAGUGAUUUGCCAUUUGUUAUACAGAUAUUCAUUGCCCAUAUUUAUUUUUUUGCAUUCGUCCAUUUCAAAUCACAUUCCAUAGUGACUGCCUGACUCUUAGUGAUCUACCCAGAAACCAUCCCAGUUUCUAAGCUUUUAAAUAGAGUGCAGGCCUUGUGGGGGAGAUUCUGUCCUCUCUAAUGGCCUCUUCCCAAUUUUUGUCACAGUUUGCAGAUGGUGUGUAUUUGGUGCUUCUAAUGGGGCUAUUGGAGAAUUAUUUCAUUCCUCUUCACCAUUUCUACUUGACGCCCGAGGGGUUCGAUCAGAAGGUAAGCGGUUUAUAGUCUGCUCAACACGGCCAUUCAUUACACAGUGAAAUAGUAAUGUUACAUUGUAACUGCCACCUGCUCUCAAACGGAAUGUUUGGUUUGUAUACAAGGUAGUAUGUCAGUGUAAUGUAAUUCAUUUUACAUGUAAUGUGUAUUCAUUAUCAUUUUAUAAAGCUCCAACACGUUCUGUAGCGCUGUACAAUGGGUGGACUAAAACUCUAAUAAGCUUACAGUCUACGAGGAAGUAACGAAGGCAGAUAUAGAACGUUAGUCUUUCCCAGGGACACUUACUGGGAAGGUGGGUCUGAUUCAAACCAGAGUUUGUCACUACCACUACUCUAGCCAGCUGAUUAUAGAAUAUCAUGUUAAUGUAAUAUGUGGAUCCCAUCAAUGAAAUGUCGGAUCCCUUACCUGCAAUCCUAAGAUGUCCUUCCAUUACAGGACUAACUCGAAUUCCCAAAGCCCACCGCCAUAACUGUUAAUUUCUGUGGAUAUUCCCUGGCAAAUGAACUAGCGUGUGUGUGUUCUGGAAGUAAUAUUUAAUGUUUUUCAGAUCAGAAUGCACAGAUGGCACUUUAUUUAAUGGCAGUGUCUUUAUUGAUCUGUGUUUUAACAAAGAGAAACAAAAAAUAUGCAGAAAAAUCAAGUUUGUUUUAAAUAAAAUUAGAUCUGUGAAUUUUUCCUGAUGCUGUAAUAUUCCCGUCCUUUUGUUGCAGGUUCAUAAUAUUUCUUUUGCUUUCGAGUUAAUGGAGGACGGUGGACUUAAGAAGCCUAAAGCGCGGCCAGAAGGUUUGUCUUUUCAGAUCUAUUUUUUUUCCCUGCGUGUUAUUCUGUUCUAACUGCGCCAGAGGUGGGCAUUGGGUAUACUGAGGGUUAUAGGAUAUAUAGAAUAUGUUUUUGGGAUAACAACGGGUCAUGGGAAGUAUUUGAGAAAGGGGGUAUUUUGGGAUCUCAGAGAUUGAUGGUGAGUUGCCUUACUCUCCUGUGUAUGUUAUAAGGUAUCAAUGGCUCCAUCUAGUGUUCUUCCCCCCCCCUCCUCUAGGACGGUCGGUUUGACUCCAGUCGUGUGAGCAGAUCUUGCAAUGUGUGCUCCGCUGCAGGCUUUCAGUUAUCAGCCCUGUCCCUUCUCGCUUUAACAGCUUUGGCAGCGCUUAUCUUUUGCAGCAGAUAUUGCAAGUUAUGGUGAUCGUUACAGCAAUGUAUCUGCAGCUAAUGAGACUAAUUACACAAGGGAAAUAGGAAAAUGGAAAUCACUGCGUUUCUCAGUAAUUCUAGAUUCCCAUCCCAGAUCUGGCCGAGAGUGUGCAGAUUGCUCCGGUUUGUGUGGCCUUCGUGUGACGCACGUUAUAAAUCCAACUGAUAUGUCUUUCUCAUCAGGGCUUGACGGUUCCAUUUUAUUUGGCCUGAAGGUGUUUGUUGGGCUUUCAGAGAGAGAACCAGCCAUGGCACCCUAUCUGCCAUUGGACACACAUUGCAUUUAACUCUCGAAACACGUACACAGCUUCGCUGUCUUCCUGAACCUGUAUGAGAACUCGUGUUUUCAAAUAGUUUAGGAUCUGUCUACAAUAUAUAGUCCGCCUUUUAUAUUGAUCUUUUUUUAAGCUUUAGAGUUUUCAUUUAUCACUUUACAUUCAGAGCCCUUUCAAAUUCAAAACAAAACUUGCGUGUAUGACCAUCGCCGGUCCUGCAAUCUGACCCAUCUCAUAGAGUGCCACUCAGCGUUGUCAUGAAGGGUGUGAUGGUGUCGAAGUUAUAAAUUUAAAAUGAGGAAAUACCUCUCGUGGAUGUCAGUCUGACCACCCUGAGAAGUGUAUUCUCUGACAAAUGUUACCAUUGCCAGAGUAAAAGGGGCAACAUCCAUGCACCAAAACCACUUCAUUACAAUGUAGGGUUUUUUUUGUGCUUAAGGAGAGAAUCCCUGUCCCAUUGAAACAUCCAAGUACUAUGUGCACACAUGUAACCAGUUAGAGAACCGCGCUCUCUGCUUACCCACUGCGCAGGGGGAGUGGGAGGAUAGUGCCUGGAGGAGAGAAUCUGGGUGGUGCAGAAGAACUGAUUGGAGUGCAUAUUCCUGUGGCCUUUACUGAGCAGUUAAAUGUUUCUGCUUGCGCUGUCUCUAUUACGGAGGUUUUAUAACAUAAAUCCGGUGACGUGCUUCUCCGAUCACCAGGAACACUGUGCGUGAAUGUGAUUUACUGGUUCCUAGGUUCUUUAAGGAACGAAAUUUACAUUUCCCUUUCAUUUUUCCCACAGACAUCGUUAACCUGGAUCUGAAGUCGACGCUGAGGGUGUUAUACAAUCUGUUUACAAAAUACAAGAACGUUGAAUAACUGGACAUUAAAAAAUAUCUGCAUCUAACGUGCCUUAAUGUAUAUUUUUGUAAAUAUGGCACCAACCGCCUAGAGCCAUGAACCCGGUCGCCCUGGGUAAAAAACAGAGUUAAUCAGGCCACAGCGGCCGACCUCAAUUCUACAAUUAUCUGUGAGCUCUAUUUCCGAGGCUGCCUGAGAGUCAUGGUAAAAGUAGUCCAGACAUUUGCAGGACUUUUAUUUAGAGAUUACUGCUCUACAUGGUAAACUGGUGAAUUGCUACACAGGGGCUUCAUAGAAAUGGGAUGAUGGAGUCUGGGAUUAAGGGAAUUAUUUAACACAACGUUAAUAAAUGUAUUAAUAUAUAGCAGUUCUAUUUAUAAUAUGUGCGUCUGUGUUGAAUUAAUGCAAUAUUGAAAUCUAUUUGUUCUGUAUGGCUGAAUCUCCGCAGCCGAUCUCAAUAAACCUUUCUUCAGUCCUGUGUUGCACUGCAGGAAAACACUUGCUGGUUGUGAUUAAACGAAAGGCGUUGACCAAUCUCAGAAUGCAUUACUCUAUAGAUCCUUUAAACAAUACUUUGAGAUGUUCUACAGUGCGGCACAGAGUGGGUUAAAAAAUUAAAAUGUAUAUUUAAAUCUUACAAACUGUUUUUUGGUUGUGUUUUAUUUUUUCUUCACCAUAAAUAGCGGUUACCCAGGGGUUUUAAACAUGUUUAUUUUUAUUUUUUUUAUUCUGUGCGUCAUUACUCUUUACAAAUGGCCGCUGUUUAACGUCUUUGAAAACGUUAACAAACAGCGGGGGAAACUCCUCUCCUUCCAUGUAUUGAUCUAUCAGCUGCUCGUAGAUCUCUCAUGCCAGAAAUCGGGUUAGGUGUUGCUGCUGUUCAGUGUUUGAAGAAGUGAUGGGCGCAGAGCCAGUCUGCAGAGUCACACGGACUGCUAGAGGACGGCGAUCCGGUAUGAUGGAG